AAAUAUUGCAUAAUAGUUUCAUUAUUGAUGCUUCUAAAAACAUCUCUCUCGAUGUUGUCCAAACAAUCCGUAAGAUAGUCACCUCUCAUCUUAUUGCGAAGAUCUGUCUUGAUAAUACUCAUCGCAGAGAAGGCUCUUUCAACGGUGGCCGUUGCAACUGGUAACACUAAAGUCAACUCAAUCAGACAAUAUACUAAGUGAAAAGAAUUGUGAACUUUAAGCUCAACCAUCUUCUUACAAACUUUACCAAUAGUUUUUGUACGACAGAAAAUAACUCAUUUGUUCUCAUUUCAUAUAUCCACACAUGGAGUUGCAGCAGUUGCUCUUUCAGCUCCAUUCGAUUAACAAAUGAAAAAUCGCAUGAAUAUAACUCUGUAAGGUUCAGUAGCUUUGACUCACAAAAAUUGGAGAACUUCGACUUUUAUCAUUCUAGUCUUCCAAAUGUUAGUGGGUUUUUAGACUUUUUAAUACUAUGUACUUUUAGUUGCUCGCACAUUGGCUACUUUUUGCAUUUUAACUUUUUUUGUUACUUUUUUUUUUGAAUUAUUAAUUAUUUUUUGUUUUUUGAUAAUUCUAUAUCUUUUAUUUUAAUUCAACUAAAAUUUAAAUAUUUUUUAUUAAUUUUUUAAUUAUAUAACCGUAACAUUUUAGUAUCAUAAUUAUCAAAUACUGGUAUGAAGUCGGGGCACUCGUUUUUAUCCUAAGUACUACUAGUGAAAUUCCGGGCUCGAAGCGGGGCACGUGCCCCACCUAGCCCCCCCUUAGGUCCUCCACUGGUCCCAUCAAAUUAAACCCAGACCACGCCCAAAAAACCCUAACUGCCAUGCCGCUACGUCAAAAUCGUAGCUGAAUCGCCGUCACCAUGCUCGAUUUUGAAACCCUAGCUGUUGGAGACGAUAUCGCCGCGGCCGUCGCCAUGGAUCCUCGAUCGUUCAGCCAGCAGAGAAACCCUAGCUUCAUCGGAAGAGAGGCUUACCUGGGACGUUGUUGGAUUCGGCGGCGGCGGCGUAAUGGGACGGAGACGGUGGUGACGGGCAUGGAGGAGUCGCAUCUAUGGAUGGAGCUUAUGGCAUGGAUCGUUGGGAUCGAUCAGGGGGACCUGGGUCUCCUUUUUCAAUUAGGGGGUAUUUUAGUCAAUUGGGUAAUGUGUAGUCUUAUUGUUGUCCAAAUUGAAGACCGGUCUUAUUGUUGUCCAUUGCUUAUUUUUUAGUAAUAUUUAUGACCAAAUCCCUAUAAUAAUUCAUUUAAAUAGAAUAAUGAGUUCAAACCGGUCAAAGAAAAAAAACUAUGGGUGAAAGGCCUCCAGAUACCCGGCGUUCUAAAAAGCCCAAAGGCUGAAUAGCUUAGGUGGUAUCCAAAAAAACUAAAGAAAAAAGGACCCCAAAUAUCCAGUGUUGUAAAUACAUGUAAUCUCUGUAGCUCUCUCUGUUUUUUUCUUCUCCAACUCUCACAAUAAGUAUUACUGAAUGGUUAAUAAACCUAAAACACUGGUUUUGCUCUAAAAGAAUAUGAGUUGUCAAAUAACACUAAUACUAUAUACUUCAGAUUGCAAAGUACACUGGUUCAAAAUUUAGAGCUAGAGAACAAACGAUAUCUUUAAACAAUACGGAGUAAACAAUAUUAAAUUUUAAUUUCAGGAAAGUAGCAUUAAACCAAAAUGAUGAGUUAGUAUUUGAAGAUUGUCAUUGCAAGUUGAAGAGAUACUACUGGCAUUGCGGUGAGCAGAUAUGAGAAAGCCAUCAAGUGACAUCCUUGUUUCUUUGAGCAACUACAAUGGUAAUCUGACGUUGAAAACAACCCUCUGGAGUGAAGCCCGAUUCUUUGAGUAGCCAUCGAUAUUGUGAGAUGAAAUUGUUGUUGCUUGGAGGGUCAGAGGGUAGGAGGAAGACAUGGAGUGAGAUGUAAAUGUUGGGGAUAUUUAUGGUGUCCAAUACAUCUUUGUUUGUGUAGCUAUUUUAUUUAGAGCCCGUUUGGAGAACUCUGUUUUCGGCUUAUCAGGCUUAUCAGCCAGCUUUUUCACCAAACACGUAACUUUUACUUUCGCGCGCUGAAUUGUGUAAUAAGCCGAAAAAGUAAGGUUGGAGUUACUUUUCUGGCUGUAUUGGCUGAAGUUACUGUAGAGGACCAUUUUAGCUAUUUUUACAUAUAAUUUUUUCUUUAAUUUAUUAAUAAAAUAUAUUUUUAAAAUAUUUUUUUCGUAAAUCAGCAGAAUCAGCCAAAACAGCCACUCCAGCCAGAAUAUCAUAAAUUUAAGCAGAAUCAGCCAAAACAGCCGAUUUUGGUGCUACCAAACGGGCUCUUAGAUAUUUCAGCCCAUUGACACCUUUGUAAGCUAUAAAUAGACCAG